GGAUACUUCGAGGAGGCGGUCGCGUGUCUGGAGAAGUUAGUCGCCAUGUCUCGUAGCAGCGGACUGCAUCACAGACUGAUCGACGUUCAUCUGUGUCUGGGAAACAUCUACUUCAGCAGGAGUCAGUAUGUGAAAGCUGCUGAGUACUACCUGCAGGGCUACAAGGUGGCCUGCACCACAGAAGAUGUGGCUCGGCUGCAGAGAGCGCAGGUGUUGGUGGCCUCCGCUCACGCCCACGCCACGAAUGGAAAAUACAGCGCCAACCUUACCUCAACCUCGCCCGCCGCUCUGCAGGCGCUCCUCGCCUGGAAGGUGAAACGAGGGCGCGAGGACCUCAGUGUGGAUUCCGAGGACUACUACUCUCCUGCCUGGUUUUAACAGGCCAUCGUUUGACAAUAUGAGGGAGAGAAAGGAGAAGAGUUACCUGUUACCGUGAAUAAAGAUGAAACC